AUGGAGUCUGGAGAGCGGCUGGCCUCCCCUGCGCCCACCCUGUCUGCUGCUCGCACCUCCUCCCCUGCGGCCUCUUCUUCCUCCUCCUCCUCCUCUUCUUCCUCUUCGUCAUCGCCCGCUCCCCACUCCAAGAGCAGCCUGGCCCCGAGCCCAUCAGCACUGGGAUCCACCCUCAACACCUCUGGCCGUCUGUAUGGAGCAGCGGGAGAGCAGCCCUUCAUUGGCUCCACAUUGUCAAGUGCCUUCCCUCUGGUCAACCAUCCAGCCUUCGGAGCCCUCUACACUGCCGGAGCGGGCAGGCCUGAGUUUGGUGGCCUGGGCUCUCUCGGGAUGUCAGCUGCUCUGGCUGCCCACCCCCAGCUAGGAGCCCUGUCUGACUGGUGGCGAGCUGCUGAAGCCCAUGGACGGGGAGCUGCUGCCUUUCUUCCCUCCUUCAUAGGCUUCCCUCCAUUCUUCGCCCCUCACAUUCAGCCCAAUCACAAUGCUAGUCCUAUUCAGAUCAGGACGCCUGGCAAGAAUAGCCAUGCCCCACCUAAAGGGUUGAAUGGUGCAGUGAAUGGCGGCGGCGUCUGCCCUCCCACCUCACAAUCAGGGAGCUUCUCCGCCAGUCCGACUCCUCUUCAGGCACCGACAAAGCCCACCAAAAACCCGGAGCCCUCUAACAGCCACCGUAGCAGCCCGCAGAACAACCCAGCAGAGCUGGUGGAGAAGGCGGUUCAGAAACCUAAAGAGAAGGCUUUAAUACCCAGCUCCGACACUGUAACAACUGACAGGCCACUCUCGAGGGAGGCCCAGGAGAAGAAAGACACUUAUGCUCAGAGGGUGCUCUCCAACCCCCCAACCCUCGUGCCCUUACCGUGCUCUGUCUCCCCUCCCGCCUUGUCCCAAACCUCAGCACUGGGACUCAGCUCCAGGCCCCGGACCGAGGGCCCCCAGCAGCACUUCAGUGUGAUUCAGUCCACUGGCCUGGCUGCCAACCCAAAGCCCCUGGCACUUCUCGCCCAGUCCCGGAGGGAGUCUUCGCCCUCUUCCUCCCCCAUAGCUCUCACCACGUCUCCAAAGGCACUCUCCAGCACCGCUUCUCCCAAACCUCCCAAACUGCUGCCCUCCUCCUCCUCCCCUCAGCACCUGCCCCUCUCCCUCUGUUCUUCCCCAAAGCCCCUCUCCGUCCCCUCUCCGCCCCGCUCCACUCUCCCAGCUUCUACCUCCCCGAAGCCUUUCAGUUUGACCUCGUCAUUAGCGAGCUCCCGGAAGCCCUCUCUGAAGCCACCAAAGCACGCUGUUCCUGGCACCGCCAAAUCCAACAAAAGGAAACUGCUGGAAGCUUCGCUUGCGCAGAUCAAUGAGUUCAGGCUCAAACAGACUCUUAUGUCCCAAGGGCAGACGUUCCAAGCUGAGCAAAAGAAGCAACAGCAGGGGCCAAACAAAUCCCCCAAGAGGACAUCACUGUCUUCACCACCAUUGCCACCUGUUCCUCCUCCUCCGCCCCAGAACAAUCACUCCAACCUCUUCCUCUCGAGCGCCCUGCUGGGUCUCUCUGAACCUCAUCACCCGAACGGAGUCAUCCAAAGCACCACUCAGGACGCACCUCUGGCCCUCAUCACCAAACCUCGCAAAGACUCCGCCUCCCAGGGCAAGUCUCCCCCGCGCGACCCGGACGCAGGGUCAAUGCCUGUCAACCUGAGCACAGGGGCCAGCAGGAGCCAAGCAGCCGCCCAGGCCGGGCCCCUGCCACAGCCCCCCACUACCUCACCCCAUGCCACAGGCCAUGGAUCCAGAAAGAACAAGACCCCUAAGAGUAAGGGACAGACACCGGGACUGGGACAAGCGGACCCCUUAGCUGCCUGGAAGGGCUUCUCUCAGAACCAUCUGGUGCAGUCUCUGGUAGACUUGUUUCGAGGCGGAGAGCCCGGCAUCGGGAUUCCUGGAGUCAGUAUCCCUGGGGUUGGAAUUCCAGGUGUAGGAAUCCCCGGGACAUGCAACCCCACAGCUGGUCUGCCAGCCAACAAAGAAUCUGACGACUCAGGAGAUGACGACGACGAUGAGGACGACGACCUUGAGGAGGAGGAGGAUGAAGAGGACUCGGAUGACAGUCUGUCAGAGUCCGACAGCAACUCAGACAGUGACAUCUCUGGAAAGAAAAUGAAGGAGUUAAAGCUGCUGCCGUCUGGAUCAUCUAAGAAGGAGAUGAUUACCCAGAGGCUUACCAAAGGUUCAGAGCUACUGAACACCUCAACCAAUCACACCAGCACCAGCUGCUCCCCUCUCAACCUACAGGUCAUCAAGAGCCCCACUAUUGCCACCAGCUCCAGUGCCUUGGCCUAUCACAGCUCUCCAGGCUCUUCCUCCUAUAGCCUCGCCUCUCCAUUAGGCUUAGGGAAAAGGAAGAGGGUGAUGGAUGAGAAGGAGUUGAUGGCACCUCUGGAGUUGGGGUGGCGGAGAGAAACCAGAAUCAAGUCCGUGGCCGGGCGCCCACAGGGCGAGGUGGCCUACUAUGCCCCAUGUGGGAAGAAACUGAGGCAGUACCCAGAUGUGAUGAAGUAUCUAUCCAGAAAUGGAAUAAGUGGCAUCACGCGCGAUAAUUUUAGCUUCAGUGCAAAGAUAAGGGUUGGUGACUUCUAUGAAGCCAGAGAAGGACCCCAGGGUUUACAGUGGAGCCUGCUGAAGGAAGAGGAAGUCAUUCCCCGUAUUCUGGCGAUGGAGGGCCGCAGGGGUCGCCCCCCGAAUUCAGAGCGGCAGCUAGCAGGCGACGGUGCCAAAAGUAGCCGACGGAGGAAGGGACGACCCCCAAACGUGGGCGACCCCCUUGCUCCGGAGGGCCCCAGUCCCAGUGAGGUCAAACUUCUGCGCAAACUAGAAGCUCAAGAAAUAGCUCGGCAGGCCGCCCAGAUGAAACUGAUGAGAAAACUGGAAAAGCAGGCACAGGCGCGGGCAGCCAAAGAGGCCCGAAAACAGCAAGCUAUCAUGGCAGCCGAGGAGAGAAGGAAGCAGAAAGAGCAGAUAAAGAUCCUUAAGCAGCAGGAGAAGAUCAAGCGUAUUCAGCAGAUUCGGAUGGAGAAGGAACUGAGAGCGCAGCAAAUUUUGGAGGCCAAACGUAAAAAGAAAGAAGAAGCAGCAAAUGCCAAAAUAUUGGAGGCUGAAAAACGCUUAAAGGAGAAGGAGCUGAGAAGACAGCAGGCGGAGAUUCUUAAGCACCAGGAGUUGGAGAGGCAUAGACUAGAUAUGGUAUGGGAGAGGGAAAGGAGGAGGCAACAUGUAAUGCUGAUGAAGGCUGUUGAGGCUCGCAAGAAAGCAGAGGAGCGUGAACGCUUGCGGCAGGAGAAAAGGGAUGAGAAGCGUUUGAAUAAAGAGCGCAAACUGGAACAACGGCGGAUGGAGUUGGAGAUAGCAAGAGAGCUGAAGAAGCCAAAUGAAGACAUGUGUCUGUCCGACCAUAAGGCUCUCCCAGAGUUCUCCCGGAUUCCUGGUCUCAUCCUUCCUGGACGGGCUGUGUCCGACUGCCUGAUGCUGAUGCACUUCUUGCGAGGCUUUGGCAAAGUGUUGGGUCUUGAUUUGAAUGCGGAUGUGCCUACCUUGGGAAUGCUACAGGAGGGCCUACUCAAUGUGGGGGACAGCAUGGGCCAAGUUCAAGACCUUCUGGUCAAACUGCUCUCGCUGGCAGUCUGUGAUCCCGGUUUGCCAGCCGGGCACAAGACUAAAACAAUGCUGGGAGACCACCUGACCAAUGUUGGCAUCAAUAGGGAUAACGUCUCUGAGGUGCUACAGAUGUACAUGGGAGCUCAUUGUGUCAACACAGAUCUGGCUCUUCUGGCCCUCAGUCUGAAAACCAAAGCCUUCCAGGCUCACACGCCAGCCCAGAAGGCCUCAAUCCUCGGGUUCUUGGCCAAUGAGCUGGCCUGCAGCAAAGCUGUCAUCAGUGAGAUUGACAAGAACUUGGAUCAAAUGGCAAACAUGAGGAAGGACAAAAUCAUCAUGGAGGGAAAACUGAAGAAGCUGAGGACCAUUUAUGCCAAGCGAACUGGAAGGAGGGAGGCCAGCAUGGGUGCGGAAGAAAACCACUCUGUUGGCACGCCGUCGUCCGCCGCCAAACGCAAGAGGAAGCUGGGAGCAGACAGUGAAGACGACGACGACGACGAUGACGACAGUGACGAUCCGGCGGAGGACGAGGAGGAUGAGGAGGUGGAGGAAAUAAAAAAGGUUAAAAAAGUGGAGACGUACGAUGAGGAAGACGUUGAUCAUGCUACCAGUAUCGAGGAGCUGGAAAAGCAAAUCGAGAAAUUAGCCAAGCAACACCAUCAGACCAGGAGAAAGCUGUUUGAGAUUUCCCACUCUUUACGCUGCAUGAUGUACGGACAAGACCGGUACCGGCGCCGGUACUGGGUGCUGCCCCACUGUGGAGGGGUCUUUAUUGAAGCCAUGGAGAGCGGAGAAGCUCCAGAGGAGCUGGAGGAGGAGCGGCAGAGAAGGAAAAGAGCGGCAGAGGAGGUCAAGGUGAAAGAAGAACCACAGGAGAUUGAAUUGCAGAAGGAGAAAUCUGUCAGCCAUGAUGGACAGAACAUUCACACACCCAGCCUGGAGAAACAGAAGGAGGAGGAAAAGGAGCACAAUGGGAAGAAAAGCUCUCAGUCCCUCUUCUACCAGCAGCCCAGCUGUGUUUCUAAACUGUGCACGCUCCGAGACUUCAGCCCGGAUGCCAGCGAUGAGUCUGUGAAGGCAGAGAACAAGGGGAGUCCCCACAUGAGACAGAACGGCAGUCCCAUGGGCACUCCUAUCGCCACAAACACAGCAGCAUCAUCCUCCCCGAGUCCCAAUACUCCCGAGCCUGCCGCGGCAACAACUCCCUCCAUGGUGACCGCUAAUGACACCGCAAACAUCCUUCCUCCUGCCUCCACCUCCUUAUCUUUCCCCUGCCUGCCAGCUCCUCGUGAAAGCCCAGGGAACACUCCUCCGACGUCGUCCCCGGCCCCAUCUCCUCUCCUCUCAUUCCAAGCCAACGACCAGCUGCUGAGAGUCCUCACCGAGAGGAGUGGACACUGGUUCAGUCUGCUGCCCCGAAACCCCUGCGACCUGGCCUCCCUCACCACCAGUCCACCGGGAGUACCUCGCGGGUCUCCCCAGGCCUCCUCCACCCCCGGCAGACCCCGGUCCCCCCCUCCAUCCCCUGCCCUCCCUCUCACCCCUUCUGCUGCCUCUGCCUCUGCCAGCCCACACCACCCAGCCGGCCUCCUCAAUUACCCGCUCUCUGCCCUGCAGGUGAGGCCGAUGGCCGGAACGGCUGCACAGCUGCUCCUCUCCACCUACUCGAUGUAUAACCAGCUGCUUAUCCCGCUUCCCUUCCAGGUGAAGUCAGGUGGCUCGCUGCUCGGAGUUUCUUUCGGAAGUUGGCCCAGUGGCAUGAUGAGUCCCAGCCUGCCUCUGUGCAGCAGCCCCAGUCCCAUGCCGGGUCACUCCCUGGAGGGGAACACGGCCGCGAGCGUCUCCAGUAAGAGCGAAUCACCUUUACCUCGCAUUGAAAAAAGCUCGUCAAUGCCCUCCCCUGCUUUGGAAAUGCCAAAGUCCCUCGACCACGCCACGGCUCGGCCCAUCCCUGAAGAGAUGCUGACCGGCUGGUGGCGAGUGUCCGACAUAGAAGAGCUGAGGGCUCUUGUCAGUGCCCUGCACAGCCGAGGAAUCAGAGAGAAGUGCCUGCAGAGGCAGGUGCAGAAGUAUCUAGAGAUCAUCCCUCAGGUCUGCACCAAACACAGAGACGUGGCCAUGAUCGAGCUCCGUGAGCUGGAGGAGAGUCAGGUCAGCGUGGAGUCGGUGCGGGGCUGGUGUGUGGAGGAGCAGGCCAUGGAGAUGGACAUCGCUGUGCUGCAGCAGGUGGAGGAACUGGAGAGGAAAGUCACUGCGGCCAGCCUCCAGGUCAAGGGCUGGACUUAUCCGGACCCUCAGUCCGAGCGGGAAGACUUGGUUUACUACGAACACAAGCCCCUGGCCAAAUCAAUGCCAGCUUCAGGAAGCACAGCAGACAAAGACUCCAGGGAGCACCCGGAGGACCGCGGGGAGAAGGGCGGGGUGAUGCGUCACCCGGACAACCCGCUGGACAUAGCAGUGACCCGUCUGGCCGAUCUGGAGCGCAACAUCGAGAGAAGGUACCUGAGGAGCCCCUUAGGUACCACCAUUCAGAUCAGGCUGGAUAAUGUGGGUACGGUCACUGUCCCUGCCCCCGCCCCAUCCACUAGUGCUGACAGGGAAGGUGGGGAGGAGGAGGUGGCUCACGGCAUGAAGGUGUGGAGGAAGGCCCUGAGCGAGGUGCGCAGCGCCGCCCAGCUGGCCAUGUGCAUCCAGCAGCUGCAGAAGUCCAUCGCCUGGGAGAGGUCCAUCAUGAAAGUGUACUGUCAGAUGUGCAAGAAGGGGGACAACGAGGACCUGCUGCUUUUGUGUGACGGCUGCGACAAAGGCUGCCACACUUACUGUCACAAACCCAAGAUCACCAGCAUCCCAGAAGGAGACUGGUACUGCCCAGCGUGCAUUUCCAAGGCAAGCGGCCCAUCGCCUAAAAGCAAAAAGCCUCCGGCCAAACCGGUAGCCUCCAGCGGGGGAGGAGGGAAAAAAGGCGGCGAGGCGAAGAAGAACGGGAAGCAGACGGGCAACGGGGAAGUGUCCGAGGAGGACUCAGCCAGCGCCAGCAGCACGCCCAAGAAAGGAGCGAAAGACACCAGCAGGAAGAGGAAAGCAGAGGAGAGUUCACCUGCUCUCACACCGGCCAAUCAGGAGAGCCCUGUGUGUGUGAAACGAGCCAAGACGGCCCGAGACAACAACAGGGACCUGGGAUUAUGCAGGGUGCUUCUCGCUGAGUUGGAGCGGCAUCAGGACGCGUGGCCCUUCCUGACGCCUGUCAACCUGAAAUCGGUGCCCGGUUACCGGAAGGUCAUCAAGAAACCAAUGGACUUCUCCACCAUACGCGAGAAGCUCGUGAGCAGCCAGUAUCAGAACCUGGAGACUUUCAUCAUCGACGUCAACUUGGUCUUUGAUAACUGCGAGAAGUUCAACGAGGACAAUUCGGACAUUGGUCGAGCCGGUCACAACAUGAGGAAGUUCUUCGAGAAGCGCUGGACUGAGCUUCUGAAACAAACAAACUAAGUCAGUUUGGACUCUUCCCGUGGACCCAUUCGACUUUUGAUAUCGGAGCACCUGGUUUCACUUGAUUUUCUGACGGAGGAGAAGGUCAGCCUCUGCUAAGGAACCCGCGCGCCGCAAAGAGUCGUCACCCUGAAAAAUGUCUAAAAAAAACAUGAAAAAAGAGAAAAAAAUAAGUUGUUACAUGAUGUGCGCUGGAUUUAUUACAACAGGGAUAAAAGCCCCAAAGAGUCCCAGAGAAAUGGGGUGUCCGAGUGCAAUACCAUUCCCUGUCUCAGAACACUGCACUGAAUGAAUCCUCAAAUGUCACUGAUGUAUCUGCUCUAGAAUACUUUCCACUACUUGUAAAUAGUCUUUUGUUAUUUAAUCGUAUUAUAGUGAAUGUAUUUAAUUUUGUAAUAAUUAUUUAUGAAUCAAGGUCCACUUCAUUUUCUAUGAAAAGGAGGAAUCAUCAGAACUGCUUUGAAUUAAAAAAAAAAAGGAAUGUGUCUUUGUGUUAUAAUUUUUCUCCAAAAUAUCAAACAAAGCCAAGACAAAAAAAAAAAAACUGUUUACACUGUUCAGUGCUUUGAGGCAUCUGAGGACUGUAUUCAUUUGUUCAAACUGUAAAACUGCAUUUAUUUACAGGAACAGCAGAGGAACAGUUAGACAAUGGUGAUUCUUGUGUAUAUACUGUUUAUUAAUGUCAAUAUUAUGUCUUGUUUGGAACGAUGUGUAAAAAUUGUUUAAGAAUAUUAAGAUAUUGUUUAUGCCUUAGAAUGAUUGUAGCAUUCUAUUUUAGUGACCGUGAUGAAAACAUUAUCAUAAAUAUUGUUUGUACAGUAUAUACAUAUCCUCUGCAAACACUGUGGUAUCCUUAAUCUUGGUAGUGCCUACCCUUCCAACAGGGGCAUGUAGGGGAUGUUCUUGUUUUUAGUUUUCAUUCUUAUAACGAUUAUUUUUUUAAUAUGAUUUCAAUCCAAAAAGGCCUCCAAAGUUGGACAGUGACACAGAAAUCAUUCCUCACCAUAGCAGACAAAAAAAAAGGAGCAACUAGCAUUCGGUUAUGCUUCCACAACGCAUUUCCUCGUAAUCUGCCACAAUACAGAGGACCUAAGGCCAUUUGUAACCACUGUGUUGAACCUUGCUGUGUGUUGUGGCCUGAUGGAGGCAGCUAGAUUUUUUUGUACCCAAGUCAAAAGUACUUGAAGUUACUUUAUUUAAGAUAUUGUGGAAUAAAAGUAUCAUUCUUUUGUAGGAGCUUUAUUUUUCACUAGUGUGUGGCACGGACCUAUUAAAAGGAUGUUUUUCAACGUAAGUGACUUAACCUUGUUUUAUUUCAGUUCCACUGCACUGUUCUGCUUUUGUCAAAGGAAAGAGGUUAAUCAAGUUGAAUCAUGCGUCGCCAUAGAUCGCGCCAAGACCGAAAAGCAUCGGAACAAAUAAGAAUUACAUAAAACAUUCUAAUCUAAUUAAAACCC